UCCAGCCAGCUCCUGCUCUCCAGACUCCAGCCACACUCAUACCCAGUGCCAUGGCCCCAGCCACCCGUUCACUCCUCCGUGCCUCUCUGCUGUUGCUGCUGCUGCUGCUGAUCACCAGCCGCCAGACUACAGGGGCAGUUGUGGCCACCGAGCUGCGUUGUCAGUGCCUGAAGACGAUAUCCAGGAUUGAUUUCAAGACCAUCCAGAGCUUGAAGGUGACACCUCCAGGACCCCACUGCACCCAGACAGAAGUCAUAGCCACUAUCAAGGAUGGUCAAGAAGUUUGCCUCGACCCUGAAGCCCCCUUGGUUCGCAGGAUCAUCCAAAAGAUUCUGAACAAAGGCAAGACUAACUGACCUGGAAAGAAUUGGGAUGUGGGCUGCUGUACUUCAAGGAGAAGAAUCAAAGAGAAAACAACACCCUGGAAGCCUGGAUGGUUCCUGAUGUGUUUUUACUGUCUGAAAGUUUAUUUAUUUAUCUAUCUAUCUAUUUAUUUAUUUAUUUAUCUUUCAACUCUCAGAUAUUGCUAUGAUCGUUGUGAUAUUUAAAGAGAUAAGUGUGUUUGGCAAUUCACUAUAAUAUUUUAAAAGGUCAUUUUAAUAUGUUAAAUAAAAGUUAUUUACUUACGUAGUUGGAAGAUGAUGAACGUUUAGAUCUGUCCAUUCAUUACUUUCUGAGGGGAUGAGUUAGGUGCUAGCUCUGUCAUGCCUCUAGUAUAAUAGAGACUGGGCAUAGGGGGGUGCAUAGACAGAUGCAGUCUACUUUUGAGGUAGGAUUGUGCAUGUACAAAUCAGGUUUUAUAAGUAUUGAGAAGAACAGAACAGCUGUUAUUUAUUUUUCAGUGUUUUUCAGUGUUUUUUGCACUAUGUACAUAGCAUUUAUUGUCUUUUUAAUAACUGUAAUGUUGUGAAUAUCCCUUGGACAUUUUAUGUCUUCUUUGUAAGGCACAGUGCCUUGGUCAGCAAUUAUUUUGUCAUGCUUUCUUAUGUCUUGAAGUAGAAACAUUUAUUUAUUUGUGUACUUUUAAAAAUAACAUUUGUAAAUAAA